UUGCGCGCCUUUACUGUAUUUUGUGGUUUCGCAAACGUUUCGAGUCUUUAGUUAUUUAGUGUCCCUUAAACACCUUUAGCAAUUUGAUAAAUCGUAUAAUAUUUAUAAUAGUUAAUAUGUCCAGCGAAACAAGUCUGGCUUCCAAAUGGACGCGACCAGAUGAUUUUAUAAAGCUGCAGAGGCUUAAACAAAAGAAGAACAAAUUGGCAGCCCGCGUGAGCAAUAAUAACAAUAGGCGCCUCGGGCUUCAGGUGGAUGAGACUGAUAAAAGCAAACUACUAGAAGCCAAGCUUGCCCAAAAGCGGAAGAAUCCAUUUGCCAAAUCCACAGCCGAUGCCAAGAAGCAACGGGUUGAUCCAGAAGUGCCGGACCAGGAUCCUGUGGUCACCGCCUCAUCCUGCUUUGUACGGGAAACUCCCACCCGUCCACCGCCCGCCAAGUUCGUGUUGCAGAAGUAUGACCCUCAGGCCUUCGCCAAGCUGUUUCAGCAGCAAGUCAAUGCGGAGGACGAGGACGACGCGGAGUUGGCCGCCCGGCAGAAGCACACCGUCCACCUGCCAGUGGAUUGGUCCCUGAAGACGCGCGCCCGCUUUUUCUGUCCCACGGAGUUACCGGCCAUUCAGCUGAAGACCUCGCAACUGGCCAGCGGUCUCACCAGCUUCGUGCGUUGUAUGGAUCCGCAGCGUACGGAGAGCACUCUAGACAUCUCGGACGCCACGCGGUUCAACCAGUGCACCUACUAUUGGCAGCACCCGCACCUGCCCUGGCUGACCCUCUUCCCGCGCACCGCCAAGGAGAACGUGGGCGUGGUCGUGGGUGAGCGGGAGCGCAAGGCUCUGGCCGAGGAGUGGGACUACAGCUUCCGGGGAUUGUUUCAGCUGCUGCGGGCUCGUCAGUGCCCGUACUUCUACCUUUGCGCCAACACCUUUACGGUGUUGUUCCGAGCUGCCGGAGUGGGCGGUCGGGCCGAGAGCCACGCAUUGGUCACUCCUUCGACGCGGGGAAUGCGGCAGGCUCUCAGGCAGGAGGGAAUCGAGUUCAGCAUGCCUCUAAAAAGCGAGGCCAAUGGAAACGCCCACGACAAUAGCUUCACCGAGGAAAGCACUAGCAACUCCCUGGGGCAAGAAACCGGCGAAGAAGCUCCCACGCCGGCCGAGGAAGAUGAGGACGACGACGAGGACUGGCUGGAGAGCUUGGGCGUGGAUGAACGCGAGUUGCGACGCAUCCAGUCCUCGCAUGCCAGAAAACAGCAGGCUGCUGAGAUGCGAGAGGAUUUCAGCGACAACUCCCUGCUUCUCAUCGAUGGUGUUGAGUGCCAGGGAUUCUUUAGUUACCUCCUCAACGCCAAGAGUGCUAUCAGCACUGUGGGUCGUCUGGCCGGAGUGCCACCCACUCUGCUGUCACCUAUAGCCUUCCCCAAAGCCACCAUGCAGCACUUGGUGCCUCGCUCCAAGAAAGUGCGCCUAGAUGGCGUCGACUACUUCAGCGUGGACAUAAAGGGCCUGAUACUGCCCACAUUCCUGCCCAGCGUGGCGGAGCUGCUUUGCGAGACGCGUCAAAUGUUUAGCUCGACGCUGGCUAGCAGCACCAACACUCUGGCCUUUAGCAAGGCCACCCAAAAGCUGCUCGAGAGCCCGGAGGAGCCAGACAUGGAUGGAGAAGGAGAAGAUACCGCCGGGCAGGUCUUUGGCGAACAGAAUCUCUCCGAGUGCGGCUUGCUGCCGGGUGUGGUGGGCGCCAUCUGCCGCACUGGCCAACAUGCCGUCGGCCUUCUUGAGCGCGUUUGCUACCAAAGGGGCGAGGGAUACGCAUGGAGUUAGGGAGCGGUUCCGCUACAUUCUACACCUCGCAUUGAAGGGCAGCUCGCUUUGUUGCAUUAAUCUUAAUUUGUAAAUGUUGUUACGUGAAAUAAAAAUGUGUGCUAGCUAA